UAGUUUUCUCUGCGACAUUAACAGCGACAAUGAAAGCAUUCGCAGUGGUAGCCUUGCUGCUGGUGGCCUACGCCCAGGCUGACGUCACCGAGCUGACACAAGCCCAGGUGGACGCGCUGUCUGCGGAGGAACUCCAGGCCAUCACCCAGGAGCAGUGGGGCAUCAUCUCCUCCAGGUGGUGCAGUCCUCUCUUCGCCAGCUACGCCAAGUCCCAGUACCUGCCGGACCGCACCAACUGCCACUACUACUACGAGUGCGUGGGCUACAAGGCGGUGAGGAUGGAGUGUGCCGCCAACCUCUACUGGAACACCAAGCUGAGCACGUGCGACUUCCCGUACCGCGCGGGCUGCAGCUACGGCAGCGCCGCCCAGCCCGCCCAGAUCCAGCCGGCCAAGCCCGCCCAGGGCCAGCACCUGCCCAUCCAGCAGGGCGCCGUGCCCAACCAGCACCUGCCCAUCCAGCCGGCCGGCACCAACGACAACGGCGCCAUCGAGAUCCCCAUCGCCAACAACCCCGCCGUCGUCGACCCGUACAAGCAGUGAUCCUCUUCCCUGGCUGUGUGCGAAAGAGAUAUGGCCACUACAAUCUUUUUUACAUCCUAUGUAAAUGAAUUGACAAGCAAAUAAAAAUCUAGUAAGUGA